UUGAGCCUUUGAGGUGAUUGUCAUUGUCAACAGUCAACAGUCCCACUGAUUGGAUAGUAUGAUGGAAGUCCCUGGGAGUCCAUUUGGGGCCUGUGCCAGCACUGGUAGUGUUGGAGGCGGACUGUCUAGUAGACAUCGAUGCAAGCAUUCAGCGCUCAGUGCUAGUAGAAGACCAGACGGAGACAUGGCAUUGCAGGAUAUGGAAGGGGUCCUUCACAAUGGAAUGACUAACGGAUCCUCCAGUGCGACGUCCAGAAAACGACUCAGGAUGGACGUCGAUCAGGAGAAUGAAAUGGAGCAGCUGAAACAGAUUAUUGCUGUCAGAGGUCGUAACUUUAUACCAAUCGCUGCCUCACCCACCACCUUCCAGACUGAAGAUGUAAAACAGAAGAGUGAGACCAUUUAUUUACCACUGACUGAUGAUAUCCUAGUCAACAUGAGAAGUGCUGAACAGAUCAGCUAUGGUGCGGGAGUCUACUUUGUAGGAGACGAUAAAGGCAGCUAUGCAAGGAGUAGUCAAGGUCAUGUGGUAAACCUAUGGAGAUACAGUGAAGCCCGUCAGAAGCUCUUCAUCUCUCGUUCAUUCCUCUUCACCAAUGUCAUGGACUUUGUGCAACUCAAAGAAAUAUUGGAAAAUUUAUGAACCCUUCUACUGUACUGAGAGUCUGAGACACUUCCAUUUUGUAGCAAGACCUUUCCCCAGUAGAUCUAUGAUAUUCUUAGUGAUCAGACAUGCCCCCCUAUGCUUCCAGAACGUGAAAAAUAGGAACACCAAUGGUGCAAGUAAGUUCCAUUGAUGACAUUUUGGUUUUGUUAGCAGAUGAACGGGGG